AUGACUGAUGAAAAAGCGAUAAUUGUUGCUAUGGCACGCAAUGAAGGUGAUCUUGGUGCUGUUCAAUCCAGGGGAAUUUUCUCAGCAGGUCUUGGAAUUCAAGCAACAACAACCGGACAAUUCGGCGUGGCGGCUAUGUCGUUCAAAAGGCAAACUGGUAGUGCUACUAUCUUUGGAAAAGACAAGACUGGUCAAAGCUCCGCAAUCUUAGGACCAAUAGCAUGCGCAAUAGUCGAUUCUAACCUCCAGAAAAGACAAGUUCAAAAUUUUAUUACACGUUUAAAUUCUGUAGUUUUAGUCAUCAAGCCAGUUGUUUAUAGCUAUACUAUCGGUGAUUAUGUCAAAUCAAACUUAGGCAAAACAACUUCAUUGGAUGGACAUGUCAAUGCCGACUUUGCUGCAACGUUGAAACAUUUUUACAGGAACAAUAAUAAUGCACCAAGAAAUCCUAAUCAAUAG